GUAUUAGCACGAUUACCAAUCUGAAAUUUGCCCUUUCGCGCCACCCGCUCAGAGUGCUGAAAUGGAGACAGAAGAAAGAGAUUUAAUUGCUAAGCCAAAGCCCUCAAAACAGAUGGGUUCCAGCAGAGAAGUAAAGUCACUAGCUAAGUCUCAUAAACACAAGGAAAGUUCAGCUGCACCGUUGCCACAGCAUUUGUUAAAUUCUAUGCAGAUCCACUACACUCAAAAUGGGUUUUCUUUGCCAAAUUCUCAGCCGUAUUGCUGGCCUCAGGUAAUGCAAUCUAACCAAGCUCCACAACCAUACCCUGGUUUUUAUCAUAAGAGGUCGCCACAUACAUAUUCUAUUCUUUGCGGGGAUUCCACAUUGCCAAUUCCUGAAAAAGGAAAAGAUGUUCCUAGCGAAAAGAGCCUGGAUUUAAUGAGACAGUUUAAAGGAAGCUCUGGAAUUGUUGGACAUUAUGGUGAUAGGUCAGGCAGAAUUGAAAUGGAUGGUACAAGUUACAGAAAUUAUAACCAUGAUCCUUCAAGAAGGAUUGCUGCUGGUGGUGAUGAGGCCUCAUCAGAUGAAAGUAAUGACACUAAUCAAGAUCUUUCUUUGACGAAGAAGCAAAGAUUGAACCAGACAAAUGCAGAUAAUUAUUCAAUGGUGGAAGAUUCUGCAGCAGACAUGCUUGAGACUACCCCGAACUUGGGAAUGAUUUAUAGUUCUGCUGAAGCUGUAUCGACAACUACAAAGAUUAGUGAUGAUUCUGAACUUAGAAAGCAAAGGAGGAGGCAAAUGAAUCGGGAGUCAGCUAAAAGGUCAAGAUUUCGCAAGCAGCAAGAAUGUGAAAAACUACAAGCAAGAAUAGAGGCGCUGAAAGCUGAUAACUCUGCCCUUUGCAAGGAACUUGGGAGUCUUUCAGAGGAAUGCGGGAGAAUUGACACGGAAAACAAACUCAUCAAGGAGGAGCUAGUCCAGAUGUACGGGCCAGGUAUAGUCUAUGACCUUAAAGAUUCGUGGCCUGAACUUUUUGAUCAUGAAUAUGAAGUGAUGCAGAAAUGACUGCAAGCAAAAGAAACUCAAACUUCUGACUGGCUUACUUAUAGAUGCUUCAAGUUCAUUCUCUAUUUUGAAGCAAGAAAGCAAUCUCUAACUAGAUUUUCCAGGGAUUUUUUAUGGAUUUUAAAUUUAACUGCUCAAAUUACUUCAACAUUGUUAUAGUAAAGUAGUUAUACAGUUAUGCUUCCCCGACCAAUGAAAGAACAUAAUUCAUUUUUUUUCCCAAUAUUUGCUAUUCAGUUUAUCUUAGCCCUUAAUCUCCUGCCAAGCAGCUCUAAAGCGUUUGGCAGGGAAUAAACGGAAGGUACUGCUUUUUUGUUUGGGGUAUGGUAAUCAUGCCUUUCUGAAGAAUAUUGUUUAACCAUUCACUGGAUGAAGCUUUUGCACCCACUGCUGACUUCUGAUAAAAAAUCCCAUAUCCGAAUUGUGUAAGCGUAUCGAGCCCAUCCCAUUGUAGGUUCAUCAAAGACAUUAUCAUAUCCAUAAGCAGUUAUGUUAUCAUGGCCAUCGUGUUAGGAAUAUGUGGGGUCCAGCCUCAUUGUUUUAGCCAAUCAAAAGUCUUAGGUCUUUUGACCUUUAACAUAAAAUAAAGCCCUAAACAAUAAAAGAAAGGGUUGUGCUCUAGGCGUAAAUUGUUGUGGCGUCGAAAACUGAGAGAAAA